GUAGCAACCUGCAACACUGCAUCUGUGGACAAAAGCAAAAGCAAAACUUUACAUUUUGUGAAGAUCAAAAAUUUUCUAUAAUAAUUUAUAAUAAAGUUCUAUAUUUGUUUACUUAAAGUAACAAACACGUACAGUUCUACGUUGUUACGAAUAUUACUUAUUUCAAACAUCUUUUCAAAAGUCCACCAUGUUCCAGUCAACGAGUGAGCUUGCUAAUCGUAUCCCCAUCGAAAAGGAGAAGUCUCCUAUUUGUGAAGAUAGUGAAACAUACGAUUGUGAUAUGUGCGAUUCAGGUGGGUGGACAAGUGAAACAGAAAUCGAAGUACACAAACAUAUGAAGCAUAAACAGGAAAUGUUGCAUUUGCUUUAUCAAGACUCGGAUGAAUUGUGUGAAAUAUGUCUAAAAAAAUUUGAUAGUUCAGAUGACUUAAAGAAGCAUAUUAAAUCUGAACAUCUACUUAGUUCUGAAGAUGCUGUCCGUGUUGAACGAGAGCUAUUUAUUUGUGAUAUAUGUCAGGCUUUCUUCUUCAAUAAAAAGCAGUUGGCUGUUCACAUAGUCCACUGUCAUAUAAAUAUAAAAAAAAUAGAGUGUGCUCGCUGCAAUCGAACUAUACCAGUAAAAAAUUUAUGGUUUCACUAUAUACACCAUAAUAUACAAAGUGUUGCUACAUGCAAAAUAUGUUUUCUAAAGUGCAAAGAUCGUAAAGCAUUGAAAGAACACAUCCUAUCCCAUAGCAAAUACUUUCAUUGUGAAAUAUGUCAAUAUCAAACAAAAAAGGAGGAUUUAUUUAAUAAUCAUAUUAAGUUAAGACACAAACGAAAUUUUUCCAAUCUUCCAACAUAUAAUAACAUAGACAUAUAUUUUUAUCCAACAUCUUAUACAAAAAAAUUGUCCAGGACAUCCCAUUUCCGUGGUUUGAUGCUAUCAAAUGAUUAUAGAGUUUGUAUAUUGUGUCGAGAAAUUUUUAACAAUUUAAUUAAGAUGCAAAUUCAUAUAUAUGAACAUGUCAUGGGAAAUGAAAUUACUGAAAAUAAGUAUCAGUGUAUGUGUGGAGAGGUAUUCUCAAAUAAGGUACUUUUAAAACAGCAUGUAUUUCAGUUAAAAGGAAACCAUGCUCCUAAACAUUAACAUAUUAUUUUUAAUUUUAGACAUUUUGUAGGGUCAAUAAAUAUAUCUUAGCCCCUGACAGGCACAAGACACAAUUCUUGUGUAUGCUUUGCAGGUUUUUUUUAUAGAUAUUGAAUAAACUGAAACUAAGUUGUUGCCUCACAAAGCUGUUCAAUAUGCAUAAUACAUACUUAUAAGUUGACCAAUGCUAAAUAAAUAAGUGUUAUGAUUUUAUCUUAUAUUAAAAUAAAAAUUAUAUGGAUUAAUAUUCUCCAAAAUACCACAUACCUAGCCUUAUAUAUAGGUAUAUUAGAUACAGUAUGAAUCUGGACAAAUAUUGUAGCUUAAGUUAUUUUCCUGUACCAGACAUUGAGACAUCUUACACAGUUAAAUAUUACAUCUAAGAAAAAUAUAAUUUACAAUAUACUUGAUUUUAAAAUAUGACAUAAAAUAAUUUUGUUCGGGGUAAGUUUUAGUAGGUAUCAAUUUUAUUUAACAGCUUAUCAUUAUGUUGUAAGCAACGGUUAUUAAUUUAAUUUUACUUUCAAGUACUUCAAUUUCUAUAUUCAAUUUUGUAUAUGUAUUUAAUAUAGUAUAUUAAGAGACAAA